AUGGCCACUCUCUCCCCCAAGGCCCGUCGCAAGCCAUCCACAAGACGCAGGGCUGGCUCGCACGCGCCCUUCCCUCUCCAGGAGGCACACGACGCCGCCCUCGCCGCCAUCCGCUCCUUUCUCAAGGGCCACUCCUCCUACGACGCUUUCCCCGUCAGCUUCCGUCUCAUCGUCCUCGACACAAAGCUCAAUGUCAAGAAGGCUCUCCAAUGUCUCCUCCUCAAUGGCGUCGUAUCUGCACCCCUCUGGAACAGCGACCGUUCUAGGUUCGCAGGCAUGCUCACAGUCCUCGAUAUCAUCCAUCUCAUCCAGUACUACUAUCGCACCGCCUCCUACGACUAUGCUGCCGCAGAUGUAGAGACCUUUCGUCUCGAGUCUCUCCGAGAUAUCGAAAAUGAGCUCGGUGUAGCCCAGCCGCCCCUCCAUCGCGAGCAUCCCUCCAGCUCCCUCUACGAUGCAGCAAAGCUUCUCAUCCAGACCCAUGCUCGUAGACUCCCUCUUCUCGACAAUGACACAGAGACAGGCCACGAGGUUAUCGUCUCUGUUCUCACCCAGUACCGUCUUCUCAAGUUUAUCGCCAUAAAUUGCAGCAAGGAGAUCCAGCAGCUCAAUCAGUCCCUGCGCAGGCUCAAAAUAGGUACCUAUGUCGCCCAGCUCCCCCAAGAUGUCCCAGAGGGCCAAAACCCCUAUUAUCCAAUCGCAACUGCCACUCUCAACACCCCCGUCUUUGAUGUCGUACACAUGUUCUCAGAACGGUCUAUUUCCGCCGUCCCCAUCAUCAACGAAGAGGGCAUCGUCGUCAAUCUCUAUGAGACCGUUGAUGUCAUCACUCUCGUUCGACUCGGUGCAUACCAGUCCCUCGACCUCAAAAUAUCAGAGGCUCUCAAUCAGAGAUCACCAGAUUUUCCUGGCGUCGUUAUCUGCACCGCUUCAGACUCCCUCGGCACCCUCUUGCAAUUAAUUAAAAAGCGCAGAGUACACAGACUUGUCGUCGUCGAGGGAGAUGAGGAAGAGAAACGCGGCGGCAAGAAAGGCCGUCUGCUGGGAAUCAUCACCCUCAGUGACGUCCUUCGCUAUGUCAUCGGCAAAGUCGGCAUUGGCGAGGGUCUCGAACCUGAAGAAGAUUCUAAAUCUGCAAAACCUUCCAGCUCAAGAACAUGA